GUGUGUAGGCAUGUUUCAAGUCACAACACCUUUCGGCGAAACAGUAAACACUCGCUUACAACGGCGAACAGUGUUCAAUAUCAACAGAAGCUAUGAUGAAAAAGAGGGAAUGACUUGAUUAGACGCCAGAUGACACAUCCCGACAUUAUAUCGAUACGAUGUGACCGUGGACCUGUUGCGGUGUGACGAGGCCGAUUGAGGUCGGGCAUGUCAUCCAAAGGGACUUCCGCGAUUGAAAGAUAACUUUCCAAGAAGGACUUUAUAUCUGUAUAGAUACGAACGGACUACAUUUUUCAUCAUGAGCGAGAGUUGGAGGAUGGAUCUCGAGAGACGGGUGUCCUCGAUCGAAAAUCUGUCCCCACAGAUUUUGGAUCUGCGGGUGGAUCAGCUACCCGGUCAGGCACUGGAUAACCUGGGGUUGCAGCUAUUCAAUGAGGUCCGUGGGGUGACCGGCAAUUGGGAAGGGGUGGCGGAAGAGCUAGGUAUCAGUUCUGUAGCUGAACUGGAGCAGAUCAGACGCCAUGCGCAGGUUGCUCAGGUAUUUCCAGGAUGUCGUAUGCUCCGAGAUUGGGGUAAAAGAAGUGGGAGCACCGUCUUCGUCCUUCUGAAUGCAUUGAGACGACAGAAUAGAGAGGACUGUGUCGAUCUCGUAGUGAAAGCAUGCAAAGAUUUACAUUCCAUGCAGCUUAACGUCAAGAUUGAAGACGAAAGAGGACAGUUCAAGUACCUGUCGGUGACCACCAAGAAGGAUUCUUCUUUGGCAGCAAGUCUAGAAAACGUUCUCUCGGGCCUGCCAAGCUACGUUAUUACGGGUCCAAACCCCAAGAUAACCUGGCAAACGCCUGCUUAUCAUCUUAAGGGAACACAGCUAUCUGUUAAGAAAGGAGAAAUUACAGAUGAAUCCGAGAGAAGCGUCUAUGGCAGCUUCCAGAUAUCUACUCCAAAACCAUGUGUGGCUGAGGGUGCACCAAGUUACCCAAGUGGGUACGACCCUGGAUACCGUUCCACUUCCCAGGCAACAUCGCUCCCUUUUAAUAUACCAGUGACAGAUGAAGCAUCAACAUCUAACAAUCUAUGUUCUGUCACUGCACCCAAAGUCCAUUCAAAUACAGGUUAUGCUCAUCCUGAAACUUACGACAGAUACAAUAAUCUCUCAGAGAGAGAAUCUGCAAUAAAGCCGUUGCCUUGUCAGAACUUGCCAAGCUCCUCAAACUCAAGUCCGCAUCAUUUCCCAAGUUUUGAAUGGUCAUGUAGUUCAUCACAUGUGGACCGUCAAACGUUGUUGAAGAAGCCAUCUUGCUCAGUGGUUGAAUCGUAUCCGACUCUAAGAACACUGCCCUCGGGUACUUACCCAAAAGGGUACCUAUUCGAACCUGAUCAUUUCAGAUCCGCAUCCUUUGAGGAUGAGGAUGACAUUACACUAAUGAAAAGAUGUGAGCCGCAGAGGAAGUCAGUAGACUCUAAGCCAAAUAGGCACACACCAAAAGUGUCUGAUUACGUUCCUCAUACACACCCUGUGCUCCGAUUUUCAAACCAGUCUGCGACAUUUCGUCCAGAAAGCCCAAGCUCUAUGGCAUCAUCUAUGCCUCAUUCAAAGCCUUUGCCAUGUGUGAAAAAUGAAAUUUAUGUUAGUCAUGACAGAAUGCCCCCACCUUCCUCCUUCCCACGAAUGCCUAUGACGAAUGUAAAGCCCAAGCCGUGUGUUCUUCAGCAAAGGAAGGAUGGUUAUAUAGAUGUUGUGGCUCAGGAGAAAGGAGAACUCCAGGGUAUGCAUGGGUCGCAUUCUCUUCCUGUGUUAAGGCAGAAAGGUGAACCCAUUACUGUUCCUGCUAAAAGAGACAGUAAGGAAGAGAAGGAGAGACCAAAGUCAGUUCCAGACGAGUUUAAGAGACCUCCUGCUCAGUGUGUUGUUUCAAAGGACAGCCAUGGCUAUGCAACAUUUGCAUCGCAGAGUUCGCUGAUGGAAAUUGAUACUGACAGUCGUAGCAGAUCGAGUAGUGAUGCUUCAGCUUUUACUGUUAUAGACACUGAUGCUGAUGGAUACCUUAGUUACAGAGGAAACAGUGGGUCAAUGACAUCUAAACAGGAUAGUGCAAUGGAGGGUGAGCCUAUGGAGAGUUCAACGGAGAGUGAAAAUUCUAAUAGACACCAGACAGUCGCUUUAGUGAUUCAACAGAGCAGCAAUGGGUAUUUUGGGUUCUCAACCUCUUCAGGCGUCAACCCACCACAAGGAUUACCCCAUGUGCAAUUAAGCGAGUACAUGGCAAUGAAUCGGUCGGAGAGCAUGCCUGCAGAAAUGCCAUCUCAGAUGAACUCAGAUGGACUCGUGUACGCACGAUUCAGUGCUGAAGAUGAAGAACAGGAUGCAUCCUACUCUGACAUGCAGCAGAUGACCAAGUUUCCACCCAAAAAACAACCGAUCCCAAUGAACCGACACUGGAGUGCUAAUGAUAUGGAAUACCUAGAGGGUGUACCUGAUGACUCACAGUAUACUUACAUUGAUGACAUCUCCCAGAACCAGCUUCGGUCUCUCCCACCUACACCGUCUCCACCGAUACCAAUGAAGAGACUGAGGACAAGCCAUGACAGGCCUAUCGUCAGGGAUUUAUGUGAUCUGGAUGCAGUGCCCGGGUGGUGUCCACAGGAAACGGAAGAAUCGAUCUGCUCAACCAUGAAACGGUACCAGCAGGAAGAUGGCAACUUCAUUGUUUGGUGGAUUGGGCGCAAAAGACAAUACGUCAUCACCGUUAGCCAUCUGAAUGCACUACGUAACUAUCUAAUCUUCGAGCGUCAGCAUGGCACCCGGGUUCGCCUCUACAUUUUUCCUGGCGGCAGGGAUUUCGACAACCUCAAAGAAUUAGUGGAACAUUACAUGAGAGAAGGAUUGAAAGGGCCGGAUGUCAACCCAACUGAGCACAGUAGAGGCAAGCGGUGGCAACAGUUCUCUCACGUGAAGCUCAGAAAACCCCUCAGGGUCAAAUAUUCACAUACCAUUCGGAAGAAGGCAUCUUGAACUCUUUGGGGAAUCCCUGGAAUCAAAUUCUGGCGAUCCCGUGUGGUCAUUGGGAAACCACAGUCCUUGAGAACAAAUGUUCAUUGAAACAGCUCCUGACAUUGAACUUUUGAAGAUUGUCCGGCAGUGACAAACACUCGAGAUGUCCAGCUUCACAACACGUAACGUGGGUUGACGUUUGGAGAACCGCAGAAGAGACCCCUGUCUCAGCGUGUGACGUGGUCUCUUGCCUUGAAGAGGAGUUCAUGACCAAACUGGCUCCAUGGUCCUGUGAUGUUUGGUCACACGAAUUUAACAGACAGUUGUGAAAGACGAGGAAAGCGAAAAGAGAACCAGAGAGAUAUUUAUGGACAUGAGUUGAGUUGAGACGAGUUGUUCGUGUGUCUCCCAUUCCGUGUAGAGCUGUGGUUGCUUUGGAAAGUAUUAUGUGAUGGGUUAGUUGAUAAAGUAAUACCAGUGUAAGUGUUGCCAUGAUUCUAUUUACUCACAAGUAUUUUAACACGGUUUAUCAUUGUUUCUCUUCUAAAGGUGGGAUCUGACAAAAUCACGGGUUAUUGAAUCAUCACUGAAACCCCACUGAAAGAAUUGUUAGGUCUGACUCACCGCUGUAUUCACUCAGACAGUUGUAUGCUAUUCACAUGCAGAUAUGCAUAAUAUGCAGUUAUUCAAGCAAAGUGCUAAGACAGUGCAUUUCAUGUACAGUCGAACCUUAUUAUGAAUAUGUAUAUAUUUUUAUUUACCUCGGCCUUGAAGAGACACGGGUGACCUAGCUGCCUAUUGUCAGUUUGUUGUGCAGGGUUGCGUCCCUUAGGCUUUAUAUAAUUCUAUGAUCUGGGAUGAGAGUGAGUUGAACUCUCGACGACUUAAGUUUGUAUGAUUCAUUGUAUGUGCUCCAGAAAAGCUCAAAUCUGAUUUACGUCCGUCAUCGUUAGCAAUUACAACGACAUCUGCAAAGUAAAACACCCUGUUUUAUUGCCAUAUUUCCAUGGCGUGCCUUCAAAUUGUGAUUACCAACAGAGCAAUUAAUCCUCCCUGAGAUGUAUAUUUGGGAACUACAUAACAAACCGUCCAUUGUUGUUGAAAUGAUAUAGGCAAUGCAAUAUUCUUUUAUAUGUUAAUAUAUGUGCGGAGCUUCAUACAUGAAUAAACACGUAAUGUGAUAUG